AUGUCAUCUUUCGGCAACAACUAUCGGGUACACACUUACGGUGAAUCGCACUGUAAAUCCGUUGGCUGUAUCGUCGAUGGUGUACCUCCAGGACUUAGAUUGACUGAAGAAGACAUUCAAAUUCAACUCUCUAGAAGAAGACCUGGUCAAAGUGAUAUCACCACAGCUCGAUCUGAAUUUGACACUGUUCACCUUCAAUCUGGUACAGAACAUGGAGUUACACUCGGUACACCAAUUGGAUUACUUGUUCACAACAAAGAUCAAAGACCACACGAUUACGCUGAGACUGAUUUAUACCCUCGACCAUCUCAUGCCGAUUACACCUAUUUAGCUAAAUACGGAUUAAAAGCUUCUUCGGGAGGUGGAAGAGCUUCAGCAAGAGAAACCAUUGGUAGAGUAGCUGCAGGUGCUAUCGCAGAGAAAUAUCUCAAAGAAGCUUUCGGUGUGGAAAUAGUAGCUUUCGUGGCUAGUGUAGGUAAAGUUACAUUACCUUUCCAAGAUGAAGAAGAUGAAGUAUUGGGUAAAGAAUAUAUGGAUUUGGUCAAAUCUGUCUCAAGAGAAGAAGUAGAUAAAGAAAUCACUAGAUGUCCUCAUAAAGAAACUAGUAAGAAAAUGGAGGAAGCCAUUCGAGCGGCUAAGGCUAAAGAUGAUUCACUCGGAGGAUCAGUCACCUGUGUAAUCCGAAAUGCACCUGCAGGACUCGGUGAACCAGCAUUCGAUAAACUUGAGGCUGUACUUGCACAUGCAAUGCUAUCUAUUCCAUCAACCAAAUCAUUCGAAAUUGGAUCUGGUAUUAGAGGAACUACUUUCCCCGGCUCACAACAUAAUGAUCCUUUCACCGAAGGUGUUGACCCCAGAACAGGAGAGAAAACAUUGAGGACAACUACCAAUUGGAGCGGUGGUAUCCAAGGUGGUAUUUCGAAUGGUGAAGAUAUCUAUUUCCGAGUCGGAUUCAAGCCUCCUGCUACUAUCGCUCAAGAACAACCCACAGCAAGAUACGAUGGAUCUUCAGGUGUUUUAGCUGCUAAAGGUAGACAUGACCCUUGUGUAGUACCAAGAGCUGUACCCAUCGUCGAGACUAUGGCUGCUAUUGUUGUCAUGGAUAUGGUUCUCCAACAACAUGCUAGAAAAUCAGUCGCUUCCCUCCUUCCUCCCCUCACUCACUUACCGCCAACCAUGGUCCUUCCCGGUAAAUCUACCGUGCAAGCUGUAGUCAAUGGAGAAGAUGUCGGAGCUGUACAGAGUCAAAAGGUUGGUGAAGAGUAG